AUGGCCGCGAGCGAAUUAGUUGUUUCGCCGGCCAAAUUCCCCGAUUUAUUUCCCGCCGACGGUUGCGACGCACGCCGCAGAUUAAUUCGGAACAUCGUCGGGGUUCGGCGCGGGCAACACCGCCGCCAGCCUCCGGGGCACCCCCCCUCUGGCGGCACCCCGCAAGCCCCUCCGCGCCCCGCAAUGCGACACACGUGCCACGAACCGAUUCAAAUAGUAACCAAUAGAUGCACCUCGUCAGACCGCGCCGUGUCUCGCGUCCGAUUG